AUGCCACUCGCACACGAGUCUAUGAAGUAUUGUGGUGUUGCUACUCCUUUCCGCGGUGUAAGAGUAUAUGUACGUUCUGCUAUGGGCAUGCCGGGCUCCGAAACCGCACUUGAGGAAUUGAUGUGUAGAGUGCUGGGUGAUCUGUUGGAAGAAGGAGUCGUUGCAAAAAUCGCAGAUGACCUAUAUUGCGGAGGCAAUACCCCUGAAGAGCUUUUACAAAAUUGGAAGAGAGUCUUGGUAGCCUUGCAGAAAUCUGAUCUCCGUCUGUCCGCACUAAAGACCGUGAUCAAUCCUAAGUCGACAACGAUAUUAGGAUGGAUAUGGAAUUCAGGUACACUAAGUCCAAGUCCACAUCGCAUUGCGACCCUUGCUUCGUGCCAAAAGCCAGAGACUGUGUAUCGUCUAAGAUCAUUUAUAGGAGCUUUUAAAGUGCUAUCUCGCGUCAUUCCAGGGUGUUCAUCGUUGCUCUCUAAACUUGACGACGCCGUAGCCGGCCGCCAGUCCAAAGAACAAAUUCAGUGGACUGACGAGCUCCAUGCAGUAUUCUGCAGGGCACAGGCUGCUUUGUCUGCAGCUCGCACUAUAACCUUGCCAAAACCAGAAGACCAAAUUUGGAUUGUGACUGAUGGAGCUAUUCGCAGUCCUGGAAUAGGCGCCACGCUUUACGUCACCAGAAACGGCAAGCUUCGUGUCGCAGGUUUUUUUAGUGCGAAGUUACGGGGCUCACAAGUCAGAUGGCUACCAUGCGAGGUAGAAGCCUUGUCCAUUGCUGUUGCUGUCAAGCACUUCAGCCCCUACCUGAUACAAUCGCACCAUCAGGCCUGUAUCUUAACGGACAGCAAGCCCUGUGUACAGGCCUAUGAAAAGCUUUGUCGUGGUGAGUUCUCCGCAAGCCCGAGGGUUUCAACGUUUCUCUCUACCGUAAGCCGAUACCAGGCGUCUGUUAGACAUGUAUCUGGCUCUGCUAUUCUCCCCUCUGACUUUGCAAGUCGCAAUGCCGCACCGUGUGAAGAUGAGGCCUGUCAAAUUUGUUCAUUUACGAAACAGACCCAAGAUUCUGUUAUCAGACGAGCGGCGGUACAGGACAUAUUAUCCGAUGUAGAGCGACUUCCGUUUACUAACCGAACCACUUGGGGGCCCAUACAAGCUGAAUGUCCCGAAUUACGACGCACCCGCGCCCACUUACUACAAGGAACACGUCCAUCGAAGAAACUCACAAACGUUACGGAUGUAAAAAGAUACCUCCUUGUUGCUACCAUUGCCAAAGACGGCUUGCUGGUUGUUAAACGAAAUGAACCACUCGUGCCAAGCCGUGAAUGUAUUAUUAUCCCUCAGCAAGUACUAGAAGGUUUGCUGACGGCUCUACAUAUUCGUCUGGGCCAUCCGUCUAGCCAUCAGCUUAAAGUCGUUGUAAAACGUUAUUUGUUUGCCUUGGACAUUGACAAAGUUGUUAAUCGUGUAAGUGAAAGUUGUCACCAUUGCGCCGCAUUACGAAAGACCCCAACAGCACGUAUAGAACAGUCGUCCUGCUCUCCACCAAGUACUGUUGGUGUAGCAUUUGCUGCCGAUAUCGCGAAACGCUCCAAACAACUGAUCUUGGUAUUGCGAGAGUGUGUAACCUCACUCACAGCUACAACUCUUCUCGAAAACGAACGCCAUGACACGUUACGUGAUGCCCUAAUCCGUCUAUGUGUCCCAAUGAGACCAUUAGAUGGACCCAUAGCGGUCAUAAGAACUGAUCCAGCACCCGGAUUGAAAGCUCUUGCAAACGAUGAUACUCUGAGACAGCACAGGAUUUCAUUAGAAAUAGGUCAUGCGAAGAACCCCAACAAGAAUCCUGUUGCAGAAAGAGCGGUACAAGAAGUGGUCAGUGAGCUUCUCCAUCGUGAUCCAUUAGGUGGUCCAGUUUCGCAUGUUACGCUUGCGGUAGCCACAGCCAACCUCAACUCGCGUAUUCGAACGCGCGGUUUAUCAGCUAGGGAAAUGUGGUCCCAGCGCGAUCAGUUUUCAAACGAACAGAUACCUCUUCAAGAUCAGGACAUUAUCAUGAAACAGAAUGAACAACGCACAAGCAACCAUGCCCAUAGUGAGAAAUCGAAGGCCCCAAUUGCAGAAUUUCGUACCCCCGAACGUAUCACCGUUGGUGAUUUAGUGUACCUAUACUCAGACCGCAACAAGACAAGAGCACGAGACCGCUACCUCGUAGUUGAAGUAAAGGGACCAUUUUGCAAUGUCAAGAAGUUCGUGGGCUCACAGUUGCGAAAUACAUCUUAUCAUGUAAAGAUAUCCGAGUGCCGUCGGAGCUUAAACGCUGCCGUCAGUCUACUCCUAAUGACGAAGACUCGUCGGCUGACGAAGCUGAAUCAUCACAACCACCCAUGCUGUCUCAAGUGACCCCAUCUCCACCAGCGCCACCAAGUAUUCCAACAGCGAUUUCUACGCCGCCUAGCCAAACUUCACACUGUAACGAACCUAGUGUUAAUGCCAAUGCCUACUGCGAACGGAGUAAUUUAGAAGGUGAGCCCCAUACUGAAGACGAGUCAAGAGGGAAUGAAUAUGUUAAUGGCCCGGGUGAGAAUGUGCCUCUGCGUAGGUCCAGCAGACAACGACGUCCCCCAGAACGUUUCGGUGACUGUGUGAUGGACAAAUAGCUAGGAAUAUCUGAUCAUAAAUGUUAAUUGGUUAUACAAUUUUUGAUUUUUAACUUUUGUCAUAAAAUAAGAAAAAGAGAAGUUACGCCAGUAUUACAUGACGUAUUGCCUUUGAUAUGCACCCGCGUGUGACG